CGAAAUUUCUCAGCUCCCACUUUACCCGGUCAGAAAAAGUCAACGACCGGUCAGUUCCUCCUCCCGUCUCGCCUCCUGCGGCAUGCCUCUCCUCCGCUCCGCGCCGCCGGCUCCCGCCGCCGCGGUAACCGUCCCGCGCCGCCACCUCCUUACUUCCCACAGCCGCCUCAAGGCCCCCUCCACCCGGCCGCCCCUCGCUAGCCUCCGCCUCCGCCCCGCCGCCCCGCUCCGCGGCAUUCCGUCGAGGACCUGGUGCCGCGCGGACGCCGCCGAUGCCGAUGCGGCGCCCUCCCAGGGUCCAGGGGACGACACCGGCGCACGGAGCGCGCUGGUUCUCCUCGGGGAGGCGCUGUCGCUGGGGUUCCCGGUGUGGGUGGCGUCGGCCUGCGCGAUCGCGCUGUGGCGGCCGCCGGCCUUCCUCUGGGUCGGACCCACCGCGCAGAUGCUUGGCCUCUCCUUCACCAUGCUCGGAAUGGGGAUGACAUUGACGCUGGAUGACCUCAAAACCGCAUUAUUGAUGCCUAGGGAGUUGGCUGCUGGAUUUAUACUGCAAUACACGGUGAUGCCACUGUCAGGAUUUUUUGUGAGCAAGUUGUUGAAAUUGCCAGCUCAUUAUGCUGCUGGACUGAUUUUAGUGUCAUGUUGCCCUGGAGGCACGGCAAGCAACAUUGUGACCUAUUUAGCAAGGGCAAAUGUUGCUCUUUCGGUGCUGAUGACGGCAGCAAGCACAUUUGCUGCAGCGUUCAUGACUCCUCUCCUGACAUCCAAACUUGCUGGACAAUACGUUGCAGUGGAUCCAUUGGGACUUUUUGUGUCUACAUCUCAGGUCGUCCUCGCACCUGUCCUUUUGGGUGCUCUACUUAAUCAGUACUGUAAUGGUUUGGUUCAAAUAGUGUCCCCCUUGAUGCCCUUCGUUGCUGUAGCAACAGUAGCCGUUCUCUGUGGCAAUGCUAUUGCACAGAAUGCUUCAGCUAUCCUGUCAUCUGGGGUCCAAGUAGUUUUAUCUGUUGGUUGUCUGCAUGGAAGUGGUUUUUUCUUCGGCUACGUUCUCUCCAGAAUACUUGGCAUUGAUACCGCUUCGGCAAGAACAAUCUCUAUAGAGGUUGGCAUGCAGAACUCUGUGCUAGGUCUUGUCCUUGCAACGAAGCAUUUCGGCAAUCCCCUCACCGCAGUUCCAUGUGCCGUUUCGAGCAUCUGCCACUCGGUCUAUGGCAGCAUUUUAGCUGGGAUCUGGAGGUCUAUGCCCCCGACAGAAAAGCGGGAAUGAUGCGGACAUGCGGUGACCAUCAGCAGCAGGCCAGCAGCGCGUCGUCUAUGAUCAGCUGCAUGACUGCAUCGAGCGCAGCACAGUGGUGUUCACUGUAAAUCACCAGGCUUGCAUUAGACAUGUGUUUCGUUUGUUUCUAGGAGGUGCCUUGAACCUCAUCAGGUGUUUAUUUAGUAUUUGCUUUUAUUUUUCGUAAAUGUCGAUGAAUAAGUAUGCUUUCUCAUUAUACUCUGAAAAUUUUAGUUGGCGUAUACAUGGUAGCUGCCUAGCUGGGGAGAUUCACCAUGGUAGUAUGCUCAUCAGUACACCUUAGACUUUAA